AUGGUGCUACCCGUUAUUGUUGGGGUUGGCAUAACUGCUGUUGCAGUAGUUGCUAGAUCCGGAAUACGUGCGUGGGAAAGGUAUCGACUACUAACACCAUUGAUGAUCGCACAACUUAAUAAAGUACACAUACCAUACAAGGAUCUAGAUCAAUUCGGGGCGAAGUAUCGAUCGCAUUUGCCUUCCCAAAUGUUGACGAAGAUGGACAGGUACCCUGGUGGGUUUUACGAUAAAAUGUCAGAGACAGAAGCACUUCUGAUAUUAGGCAUCUCAGCACAGGAGAUCGAGGAGCUUGAUGAACAGCUUUUGAAACAGAAACAUAGAAGAGCAAUGAUCAUGAAUCAUCCGGAUAAAGGGGGCAGCCCGUACCUUGCUUCAAAGAUUAACGAGGCAAGAGAUCUUUUGGCAAGUAGCAUCAUAAUACAGCGACCCCGAAACAAUAGGUGA